AUGUACAAGAGCCGCCUAUCGUGGAAACAAUAUAUUCCGUUGAAAAGAGCACGAUUUGGAUUUAAAUUCUUCAUGUUAUGUGAUAUGAAUGAUUAUAUUCUCGAUUUUAUUAUUUAUACUGGUCGCGAUACAAGUUACAGUGAAAAAUUUAGUGAUUUACCGUUAUCAAGUCGAAUAGUGAUGACAUUGGUGGAAGAUUAUCUGGAUUUAGGACACUGUAUUGUAAUGGAUAAUUAUUAUUCGUUGCCAGAACUAUUUCUAAACUCUAAACUCAAAAGGAAUGAACGAAUUACAAGAUAUUACGAAAAAGUGAUGGCAUUAAAAUGGCUUGAUAAAAAAUAUGUUCAUGUGUUAUCAACAUAUCAUGAAAAUAAUACUUCAAUCGUUCAGAAGAGACAAACUCAAGUCGAAAAACCAACAUGUAUUCAUGAAUAUAAUGAUACAAUGGGUGGAGUUGAUAGGACCGAUCAAUUGAUAGCUCUUUACUGUAUACCUCGACGAAGAUUGAGAAAAUAUUAUAAGAAAAUAUUUAUGGUUUUACUUGAUUUGGCUAUAUUGAAUUCAUAUCAUUUAUAUAAAAUACAAACUCAGGAAACAAGCCAUGACGUAAUGACACAACUUCAGUUCCGUAUAGCCCUUGCUCGUUUUCUACUGGAGCAAAAUUUACAGGAUAAUCUACCGGGACACCUAGUCAGAAUAGGGUGA